AUGGCACGCCAGAUUGUUGUUCUUUUCAUUGUCUUCUUUGCCACUAUCGGCCUGGCCUCGGCCGCUGUUGAGCCAUACUCAACCCCGGCCUCUGCUCCUGCUGAGGCAUUGGACGAAGGAACCAAUAGCAAUGUGAUUGGCACCACUGAUGGUGCAAACAACAAUGAUGCAGCACCCGUUGGUGGGCCUGUUCCUGCCGGAGCUUUCCCUAACGCUUCCCCUGCUGAUUCGCCCAAUAGUAGCGCCACCAUUGUUGGCGUCACUAGUGCUGCGAGUGUUGUAGCUGCUGCCGUGGCUGGUUCCUUCUUCUUCUAA